AUGCCUAGAUUUAUUAUGAUUGUCAGCAUGGAAAGGUACAAUCCCUGGAGCAUAAUGUACAUCACAAUGUGUGCGAUCCUCUUAAUAUACCAUUCAAUUGUUACUGCAGUUCCCUCACUAAAGCAGAAACUGAAUGUAAUAUGGUUUUACUCAGUUGCAAAAAAACUCGGACUACUGGCACUUCAACAAGUUUCGGCUAGUGUGCAUGUCAGUUGGAUUUGGAGGAAGCUUGAACAUUAUCCUGUUCUCGGGAAGAAUGAAAUUUGUGGUCCGGCUGAGGUUCUUGUUAAAAACUACAUAUUAGCAGAUCCUUUUGUUCCAUACACUUCUGUCCUUGGUGGCGUGUUGACCUGCAAAUUGGUCUAUGAUUUGACUCAGCUCAUCAGCGCCGUUUACUUCAGGGGUUAUAAUGGCCUCACAAAGAUUCAAAGGACUGAAUGGAACAACCGUGGUAUCUCCACCCUCCAUGCCAUUUUUAUUUCAAUUACGUCCUUGUACUUUGUCUUUUGGUCCGAUCUUUUCUCUGAUCACCAUUCUGCUGAGCUUAUUACAUUCCGAAAUUCACCUCUCUCAACAUUUGCACUGGGGGUAUCUGUUGGGUACUUCAUUUCAGAUCUUGGGAUGAUUUGUUGGUUGUACCCUUCCUUGGGUGGAGUGGAAUAUAUUGUCCAUCACUCUCUUUCAGCAAUUGCAGUAUCAUACUCCAUGCUCACUGGGGAGGGGCAGCUUUACACCUUCAUGGUCCUAAUAUCCGAGGUGACAACCCCAGAGAUCAACAUGAGAUGGUAUCUCGAUAUUGUGGGGUUGAAGAGAUCCAAUGCAUAUUUGAUCAAUGGCAUUGUGAUAUUUUUUGCUUGGUUGGUGGCGAGAAUUCUUUUGUUUGUUUACAUGUUUUACCAUGUCUAUCUACACCAUGAUCAGGUCAUGCAGAUGCACACGUGCGGAUUUAUUUUGGUAUACGGUGUACCCUCAGCACUUGCUACCAUGAACUUGAUGUGGUUUGGAAAGAUUCUCAAGGGAUUGAAAAAGACCUUAGCAAAGAAGCAGUGA